UAUGACAAUUGAUUUUGAAGAACAGCGAAAGUUGGAUACCGAGGAAUUAAAAUUAAGUUUAAAUGAAAUAAAAGAGGUUAAUAUAAUGAAGUCGCAGGACACUUCCGUAUUUAAGCCGUUACAAAUAGACUCAAAAGAUUUAACUCCAUGUUCCAUGGGUCCAGGUGAACGAAAUUCUUCAUAUUUGUGUAAAAGAAUGUAUAAAUUUGAAGAAGUUGCUUGUAAAGAAUAUAAUAUCAAAGAUGAUCCAAAAAAGAAACAAAAAAGUUAUAAUCCCAAGAUUGCAAAUUUUGAUGUAGCUCGUAAACAAAAUACAACAACUAGUGAAAUCCCUGAUCUUAAAAAAGUUGUACGUUGGAUGGCUCCUGAAAAAAUAAAAGGCGAACCUUAUACUACACCUUGGAAUGAUAAUCCUAACCAUCGAAUGGGUGUUGGUGAAUUAUAUGUUCGUCUAGAAAACUUGGCUGAAAAAUAUGUUAAACCUGGUGACUUGCCCAUAAUAUUUGAUAAUAACGAAAUUGAUUUUGAUGGAUCUAAAUUUUAUGGUGACGAUGGUGGUGACAUGGAGUUCCUCAGUAAGAGAAUUUCUGAAUUGAAUUUUAACCUUUGUGACGUUGAGAUAAAAGAGCCCACACCUCUUAGUGAAGAUUUGGCGAAAGAUUUGGAAGAAGUUAGGGUUAUAAUCAAACUAUAUCCAUACCCACUAUGGAUUAUGGAUGAUAAUAGGCAGACAAUUUCUCAUGUGGGUCACAGUUUGCAAAAUUUGAAAAUAACCAAU